AAGGCGCUGGGCUCGAACCGGGGCCGCGGCGGCUGCGCCAGGCUCUCCCCGGUGGAUCAGCAGGUGGGAGAUGGGCCGGCGCUCCUCGGACACGGAGGAGGAGAGCAGGAGCAGGAGGAAGAAGAAGCACCGCCGGCGCUCCUCCUCCAGCAGCUCCUCGGACAGCCGCACCUACAGCCGCAAAAAAUCCGGGAGGAAAUCCAGGUCCAGGUCGCGCUCUCGGGAUCUCCAGUCUUGGUCCCAUUCCUAUGAGAAAAGGCGCAGACACAGAUCCAGCAGCAGCUCUUCCUACGGCUCCAGGAGGAAGCGCAGCCGCUCCAGGGGCAGAGGGAAAUCCUACAGAUCCCAAAGGUCCAGGUCAAAGAGCAGGACCAGGAGGUCCCGGUCCCGGGCGCGGCAGCGUUCCUACAGCCGCAGCAGCGAGAGGUCCGGCCACAGGAGAACCCACAGCGGCUCCCGGGAGCGCCGCAAGGGCCACAACAAGGACAAGGGCAAAGGGAAGGACAAGGAGGCUCAUGGCACCAAGGCUGGGGACUCUGCAAACAUCAAAGCUGGAUUAGAACAUCUGACUCCUGCUGAACAGGCCAAAGCCAGGCUGCAGCUGGUUCUGGAGGCAGCUGCUAAGGCAGAUGAAGCGUUGAAGGCCAAGGAGAGAAGUGAAGAAGAAGCCAAGAGAAGGAAGGAAGAAGACCAAGCCACCCUCCUCGACCAGGUGAAGCGAGUGAAGGAAAUCGAGGCCAUCGAAAGCGACGCCUUCGUCCCACAGACCUUCAGGUCGAGCAAGGAAGUCAAAAAGUCAGCAGAGCCUCCUGAGCUCCAGCACGAGCCUGUGACCGUGGGAGCAGGAGCUGAGGCAGCCGCUCCCGAGAAGGAGCCUCCAGCUGCCAACAUCCCCACUGCCAUCAAAUACCAGGAUGACAACUCCUUAGCGCAUCCAAAUCUGUUCGUCGAGAAGGCCGAGGCCGAGGAGAAGUGGUUCCAGAGGCUGGUGGCUCUGCGCCAGGAGCGGCUGAUGGGAAGCCCCGUGGCCUGACAGCCCCCAGGAGCAUCCCAGGCCAGUUUCCACAUGGAAUUCCUACACUCAGUUGGUCUUUCUGUCUCUUAGAGGAGAUUUGAAUGAGCUGCUCCACCUGGAUAUUUGGAUAGUUGAAUAUCCAGCUCCACCUGGAUAACCAGGACUGUCCUGCCCUGAUUCCCCUGGAUAACCAGGAAUUUUCUGUCCUGGCUCCCCUGGAUAACCAGGAGUUUUCUGUCCUGGCUCCCCUGGAUAACCAGGAAUGUCCUGCCCUGAUUCCCCUGGAUAACCAGGACUGUCCUGCCCUGGUUCCCUCCAAGCUGGAGAUGGGCAGGGCAGCACAGCCAGGGGCAUUUCCUCUUUUUGGAGGGAAUUCCUCAGGUGCAAAACACCUGGCACCCCAUGAAACAUCAUUUUAUCCCUCCCAAUCCAAAAUAUUUUCUAGAACCAGGUGGGAGUUGGGAGAAAAGUGGGAAACUGAGGCUCAGGGAUGGGUGGUGCCAUCUGCAGCUGGAGAGGAUCCAGGCUCCAUCUCUGUUAUUUAUCCCUUCCUCCCUCCUUCUGUGGAAUCCUGAAUAUCUGGGCAGGCUCCUGGCUGAGGGAAUCUUCUCCCUGGAUGUGUUCAUCCAGCUGCUCCCAGUUCCUCACUCUGGGUGGGAAAAUGCUCCGGGUUUCCUUGAGCAUCUGCCACUACUGCAGCUGCAAGUGGGGGAUUUUAUCAAUCUCAUCACUGCCAUAAUUAGCAAAUGAUGGAAUUUUCACACACCUGGUUGUGGGCGGUGACUGCUCCCAGCCCCUGGAGUUCCCUUUGGUCAGGGGGGGCUUUCAAAUAAUCAGAGUUCAGUCUGAACUUCGGAAUUCGGCCUGGAUAAACUUCCACAAAAAUCCGCCCAUCGUCCAUCUAAGGAGCAGGAGAUGAACCAAAUCAGAUAAAUAAAAUACAAAAGUAUUUCUUCAGCAAAGGGGGAGGGAAAUGUCACAUCAGGAGAGGAGAACACGGAGCCCCACCUCCGGAUGUGCCUCACUGGAGCUCCCCAGCGUCAGCAUUCCCGUUUUUGGGAAGCUGCUUUUUGGGGUUAUUUCUCCUGGUUCUCAGAUCUGUGGUGAUAAAAAAUGGAGGCUGACUCUGGAAAUGGACUUGGGUUGUCUUUUUUUUUUUUUUUUUUUUUUUUAAUUUUUUAGAUCCAGGAUGUAAAAAAGAAAAUGUAUUGAAUUUGCAUUCUGACACAUUUUUACAUCCUUUGUGAAAUGUUAGUUUGACUUUAUCCUGCAUCAAAAUAUCCCCAGACCUUGUUUGCAGGAAAAAAGAGGGGAAAAAUUUAUUUCUCUCCUUGCAUUUCAGCAUUUUCAAAUGGUAAAUAUUUGUCAUUGCUGUGUUUUCUAAUCACCUUUUAUGUUUCUUUCAUAGAAAAUAAAAAACUGUUUGA